AUGGCCAGCAAUUCAGAGCAACAAAAUGCCAAACGCAUUUUCAUCUUCGAUUCCCCUCGAACAUGCUCCCAGCUAUUUUACAAGCUCUUCAGUGCUCACCAGCAGCUCGGCCACAUCAUGAACCCGACGAUUCUGGGGGUGACUUACGGGCCAGAAAGACUCUUUCUCAACUUCCAACACUGCCAAGCAGCAGAAGAGGCGCAUUGGCGGAACGCAGAGAAGGCGAACAUGCCAGAUGAGACGUAUGCGGUGAUGGCUACAAGACUACAGAGAUCGGUCGAGGAGGCUGAUGAGAAGGGCAAAAUCCCACUCAUCAAAGAGCACGCGGUGUGCAGUGUUCGUCGCGAUGUGAUGAAGCUGGCCGCGAAGCACGGGCUGCACAAUCCUUUGCCGAAAGACCAGUAUGAUGAAUGGAAUAACAACCCAAGCCCAUUUACAGACGAACUUUUCCGGAGCUUUACGCCUGUCCUGCUCAUCCGGCAUCCAGCACUGAUGCAGCCAUCAUUCUACAUCAAGCAGAAGAACCUGUUUUUCAACGAAGCCUGGGACGAGGAGUAUGCGGUGCUCACAAGCCUGUGUUGGCCGAGGAUGAUGUUUGAUUGCUACACCAAACUGUAUGAGCAAGGACUGGUGCAGAGUCGGCCCAUCAUUGUCGAUGCGUGUGAUGUUGUCAAUCAUACCAACACCCUCCUGCCGAAGCUCUGCCAUGAAUUGGGGAUUGACCCAGCUGGAGUCCAGUAUCAGUGGGAUCCCAUACCAAAAGACCAGUGGCCUGCGGAUCCGUGUAUGCAAGAGUUCUACAAGGAGAUCUUGAGCUCCUCGGGGGUAAACAGGACGGGAAUCAAGCCCGAGGAGGAGCGUAUCGACCUUGAGAGCAAAGCGGCGGAAUGGUCCUCCCUCUUCGGUGAAAAGACUGCAGAAGCGCUUCGUGCUCGCGUUAAAGCCGAGGUUGGGAAUUACGAAUACCUGAAGCAGUUCAAGCUCGAGUGCUGA